AUGGGUGAACCCAUCGUUAAUGGCGAGAAGCCAUCCUCCCAAUUCCUUCAUCACCUUUCUACCUUGCCUGUAGGUUCCGACUCCCUCACUUAUCUCAAGAACCACCCCUACGGCCAAAAAUCCCUUCAACUCGCCGAUCAAGGCGAGUCGAAAGAUCGAUUCCCCAUCGUGAAGAAGGACACGGAGACGAUCAAGGGUGCUCUCAAGGGCUACAUCCAUAUGCCAUUCCGUGUGGUCGAAGAGGGCAAGAAACAUGUCCUUCAGGUUUAUUCGGCGGAGUACAAGAACUGCGGCGGCGGCGAGGGCUACGUAGCUGCCGGCAAAGCAGUUAUCACCACCGGCCUGACUAUCACGUCUGAAUCGCUGGAGUGGCUGCGAGCGUGCAUCACCCGCGCUGAGCAGAAGGGGAGGGAAGGUGUCGAGGCUGUUUCGGAGAAGAAAGCCUCGAAGAAGUGA